AUGUUUGACACUCUACAACCACGCCCUCCACCAUUACCGAGCACCUUUCUCGACUUGCUUAACAAUACUUACGAUGACGCUGACAUAGUACAUAUGCUCGCUGAAACCGCAGUUAUGCCUCCAGGCAUACCUACUGAUGUCACUUUAGAAUCAUCCUCUACAUUUGACGAAAUCCCUGUAUUUAAACAGCCAACCCCGCCAGAAUUAAUGCCAUUCGAUGAUUUGGAUCAAUUUGAAUUUCAAGUUCAGGAUGACAUUCAAGAUAUUCAUGAAUUCAUGACUGAAAUAGGUUCUAGUUUAAACGAAAGCGAAGAAAAUCGUCUGAACGAUGAUGAUAAUAUUGAAUCAGAAGAUGAGGAAGAUUUUGAGCGACUUCUGUCUCAAGCUCAAGCGAUUGGGAAAGAUCUUACCACUGGUGAUGUCGUUCCUCAUUUAUGGCAAAAUUUAGAAAGUGAAUGGAAUGAAUUUAAUAAAGAUCUGAGAAUCACUAGCGGAAUAGGAAAAAUUCGGAAGGGAAGGAAUGGUCCAAGAACUCGCACAUUAUCGCCUAUGCUAAAGAAAUUAUUGGGUGAUGCGAACUUACACUAUGUUAAUAAAGAAUACCCAGAAGCCAUUGCAAUUCUUCAAGAGGUUGUAAAGAUGGAUCCGAAUAUUCAUAUCGCUUGGUUUACGUUAGGAACCAUACAGGAUGAGAUGGGAUGUCCAGACAAAGCUUUGCAAUUAUACUUAGUUGCUGCUCAUUUAACACCAAAGGACGCUUCAUUAUGGAAAAGAUUAGGUUUGUCAAGCAACCCUCGUAUUAGAAAUCAAAAUGCUCUUCAUCAAGCGAUAUAUUGCUUUUCUAAGGCGAUUAGAUGUGAUCCUAAUGAUGAUGAUGCCAUUUGGGAUAGAUGCAUUCUUUAUGGAGAAAUAGGGGAAUACAGAAAAGCGAUUGACGGAUUUAAGAAACUUUUACAAGAAAUGCCUUAUGACAUGAAUAUCAUUAGAGAAAUUACAAAAAUACACGUGCAAUUAAAUGAGAUCCCACAAGCCAUUGAACUCUAUCUUGACGCAUACGAAUAUUAUAGGAGUCGACCUUUUCCGGAGGAUCCUGAAUCUGAAGGCAGCUUUGGAUAUUCAGAAAUCAACAUCAUGGCUGAACUGUAUAUGCUUACAAAUGAUUUUAGUAGUGCUAUUGAUUUCAUAAAACGUGGUGUACGUUGGUUGCAAGGAAGAGAGAAUGAAACUUGGUGGGAUACAGUUGCUGAUGACAGAGAAUAUGAAGAAGAUGAGAAGGCAAAUAGAAGAGAUACAUCUAUGUUAUUGACUCGAUUUAAUGGUAUGGAUAACGUUGGUGGCUCAAAUGUUCCGUUGCCAUUGGAAUUAAGAGUUAAAUUAGGACAAUGUAGAGUCGAAUUGGAACAACUCGAAGAGGCAAAAGCAAUUGAAAAAUAUGUUGACCUGUAUUAUGAGGUUGCUGAGACUUAUGCUGAAAAAGGAUUGUUUGAAGAUGCGUUGGCGAUUUAUGAAAUUGUUGUUUCGAAUGAAUCAACAGAUAAUGCAACUGCAUGGCUUCGAAUUGGGGCAUGUCAUCGUGAAUUAGGAAACUUGCAAAGUGCUGUAGAAUUUUAUAAAGCAGCGGUGGAAGAAUUACCUGAUGAUUUGGAUGCUAAAAUGGCCCUUGCUGAAGUAUACGAGGGAUUAGGUGAAAAUGAAAGGGCUCUUGAAAUGGUUAAUUUAGUUCUCGAACAUCGCAAAUCUAAAAGAGCUACGAAUGAAACCAUAAAAUCACAACAGACAUUAACUGCGCAAAAUAGACCUAUUGCUUUUGAUAUCUAUGAUGCUCCCUCAACAUUUCUGCCAAACAUGGAUUCAUCUCUAAUUCAUGAGUUGGAAGAAACGAAAGCUAACGCUUUCCAAAGAACCCAGGAAGAACAUAAAAGACAACAAGCUGAAAAAGAAAAAGAGACAAAGAUUCAAUUUCAUAGACUUGAAUUAUUAUAUGCUCGUUUAAGGACUGGCGACAAAAAAUCUGCUGAAGAGUUUCUAGAAACAGCUAGAAUUUUAUUUGAGGAUCUUAAAAAUCAUAGACAAUUUUUUCCUAGAGACAAGGCACUAUUAUAUUAUAUUUUUUUAAAGUUUUUAAAAAGUAGUUUUGACCGUCGUAGAUGUUGGAGGAAACAAAUGGCAUUAAGAGCGGAAGCUGCUGAUGAUGAUGAUGCAGCUCUUGAAGAACAAGCAACCACAAUGGCUAAACGAUUACAAUGGCAAAUUGAUGGUGAAAUUGGAGAAUUGGAAGCCGAAAUACAUAAAAAAAUGACAGAGUUCCAGGGUCUAACGUUUGCGCAAUGGUUCGACUUUUCCAUCAGGUAUAUAUUUAUUGCCACUACAUACGGCUAUGAGCAAGAAGCUUUUGAUGUUCUCCGAACCGUUUCUAGAGCCAACGUUUUUUAUCACAACAGUAAAUAUAAAACUGGAUUUAAGCUGUUAUUAUUAGGUAGAUAUUGGGAUAUAUUUGUAUGUGAAAGUACAAGAUGGUUAUGCAAUUUUAAGCCAUUUGAUAGUAAAGUUUAUAGGUUAUAUGGAGCAGGCAUGGCUAGUGGUACAAAUGCCUUAUCAUGUUUCGCAUCAGCAAAUUCGCAGAAAUAUUUCCUACGCCAAGUUAAAUCAAUGGAUAAUAUCAGUGCUUCCGGGGACAAAAAAGUAAACGCACCAGAAAAACCUAACGAUGCUUUAUUGGCUCUUUAUGGCCAUAUAUUAGCAUGUGCGAGGAGUUAUAUUGGUGCUAUUGGUUAUUACGCUCGCGCCUAUGCUGAAAAACCAAAAGACCCUGUAAUUAGUUUAUCUAUCGGGCUUGCGUACUUGCAUCGGGCGAUGCAGAGACAAACCGAUAAUAGACAUAUGCAAAUUAUGCAGGGCUUUACAUUCUUGUAUAAUUAUUAUGAGUUGAAAGCUCGUAACCAAGAAGCAGAAUAUAAUCUUGGAAGGGCAUUUCAUCAUUUAGGCUUAAUGCAUUUAGCAGUACCUCAUUAUAAAAAAGCUCUUGAGCUGCCAUCUUUACAAAAAGUUCUUAGGGAACAGAAAAAG